AUGGAAAGUUUGGUCCAUCGAUAUUAUCAAAAAAACUUCGAUUGCUUACAAAAAUUUCGGUUUGUGCCAAAUAGUCAAGUAAAAGCAUUUCGCUGUCGAUUAAAACGUUUAAAUUCUCAAUUACCAUGUUAUUUUGGAUCUGGAAUAACAGCACCCUCCACGCCAUCUAUUUCUGUGAAAAAAUCUUCUGUAAUAGCAGAAACAACUAAAGAUGGAAAUAAUAACAAUGUUUCUUCUUCGACGACCGUUCUUGCUCCUUAUAGGACAACAUCGUCACUAAAACUAUGUGGAGAAUCAUCUGUCCAACAUUUACCUGGGUUUCAACGUUCAUUUCGUUCGUCACUUUCACAACGUUUUCGUUCAUUAUCAACUUCUUGUGUAUCAACAAUUUCUCGUAAUUCGAUAGUACCAUGGCAUAAACGAUCAACAUUCUAUCCUCCAUUACAACGAUUUCAACGGAGACCAUUAACGAUCUAUCGAACAAAAUCAAAUUAUUUACCACAAAUAUUUGAAGAUGAUGAACUGUCCUCGACACCUAGUCUGCCAAUAACGCCUAUCUCGGAACAAGCUCACCAAAUAUCAACAACACUAUUAACAUUAUUAAAAAAUCAGUCAAUGAUAAAUGCGCAGUCACUAGCUCUUCAAGAUCAACAUUCGUUAAAUUCUUGUACAAUUAGUGAUCAGCGGUUAAAACCACACUCUUAUUUAACAAAUACAGAGGAAACAACUGAGGUUAUUAGUGAUGAUAUGGCAAUACCAACACCAAUACCGUCAACACCUACAGCGUGCAAUGUCGAAGAAUUGGCUGCUUAUUUGGAAAAUUAUCUUUAUUUACCUAAAAAUUUAUCUGGAGCAGCCGAACUCAUGUAUACUUAA